CCUCUCUGUAAAGUUUAAAUAUCCUCUUCUCGUACAACAUUUUUAAGUCUGUUGUUGUUCAGCAGCCACGUCUGAAAGCUUUCCAGGACUCGUUGGCUCAUUUGCAACCAGAAAAAUGUCCAAAAAGGGAUUUAAAGUUGAGAUUUUUGUAGUUGUUGUGUGUUGGUUCUGCUGCAGUAGAGCUCUGCCACUAAAACCCAACCGGGAGGUUUUAAACGACAGACCUGUAAUUGGCAUCUUGACUAUGAUAGUUUCAGAUGAGGUCAUGAAACCUUUUGGAAGAACUUACAUUCCUGCCUCUUAUGUGAAGUACGUAGAGUCUGGAGGCGGCAGAGUAAUGCCAAUCAGAUUAACUCUUACUACUUCUGAGUAUGAAAAGAUCUUCAAGAGUAUAAAUGGCCUGAUUUUCAUUGGCGGAGCUACAGAUUUGGAAACUUCUGACUUUGCCAGAGUGGCCAGGAUUUUCUAUAAACUUGCACUGGAGGCCAAUGACGCUGGGGACUAUUUCCCCAUGUGGGGCACGUGUUUGGGCAUGCAGUUACUCACCGUCCUGGUAGCAGGCGAAAACCUGCUGUCGAGGACGACAGCAGAGAAUGUAGCUUUGCCCCUCAACCUCACCACAGAUGCUCAUUCCAGCAGGAUGUUUAAGGAUUUCCCUGAAGAUCUGGUCAAAGCAAUCACACAAGAACCUCUCACUGGCAAUUUUCAUCAUUAUGGCCUUGAAGUACAGGCCUUUCAGGAGAACGAGAAGCUGCGGAGCUUCUUCACCGUCCUCUCCACCAACGUUGCCGAGAACGAAGCUCACUUCAUCUCCACCUUGGAAGGUAAAAGGUAUCCCUUCUACGGGGUGCAGUGGCAUCCGGAGGUCAACCGUUUUCAGUGGGACAGGAAUCUGAAUUUCCCUCACUCCUCCCAUGCUGUUCAUUUAUCAUCUCUGCUGGCCGAGUUUUUCAUCAAUGAAGGAAGGAGAAGUUCACAUCAUUUCGACAAUCUGGAGGAAGAGGAGUCAUCGCUGAUUUACACCCACACACCCCUCUACGCUGGAAACUUCACAGCGUACGAGCAGGUUUACUUCUUCUGAGAUCCCUGGAUCCAUGUCUGCAGCUCUCCACAUCCAAAUGUGCUCGCGCUGAUUACAGAAAAACCUCUGAGCCGAGGCCUGACUCAUCCCUGUCGUUUCUAGGUGCUCUAUUCUUAUAAUCAGGAAGUCUUCGCUUCUGCAUUAGUAACUUUGGAGACUCAAAAGAAGUGAUUUAAAGCAUCAGGAAGUGAUUUUUGCUAAAAUAAAAUCUGUUUGGAACUUUUCUCCAUGGCUUCAUAUGUGACCCUGAACAUGAACUGCUGUAGUACUUUUGUAUUCAUCUUGUGAGUCAUGAUUUAUCUGCAAUUAAUUGAAAAAAUAACCUUUUAAAGUCUUUAAUGUAUAAUUAUUCAUAUUAUUUACAAUUAUUUUCCAUUUGAAACCAGUUAAUCUCUGAAAUCUAUGAAAUAUAGCAAUGUUUCAAUUUAACAGAAAGAUAUGUUUUUCCCAAAUAUAAUAAAAAAAUGUGAUUUAAUUUUACAAGAUAUCUGCUUAAUUGAUUAUUUGAACCCCAAUAAACUCUGGUGCUUUGCGAUGUUUCUAUCUAAUAGAAAGACACUUUUACCAAAAAAAAAAAAAAAAAACACUCAGACACAUAAGAAAAAAAA